CACAGUCCCACCCGCAGGCCAGGAGACUCGUUGCAAAUCCCCUGGAGUCACUCAAACUUAGAAGAGACACCAGCCAGCCGUCUCCAUCCUUUCUUUGCUCUCUGUCCCUGGAGCACGUCCCUCUGCUCAGCCAUGGUGGACAUGGGGGCCCUGGACAACCUGAUUGCCAACACGGCGUACCUGCAGGCCCGGAAGUCCUCGGAGGGUGACAACAAGGAGCUGCAGCGACGGCGCCGGAGCCUGGCACUGCCCGGGCCUCAGGGCUGCUCAGAGUUGCGCCAGACGCUGUCCCCCACCUUCCACAGUCUGUGCGAGCAGCAGCCCAUCGGCCGUCGUCUCUUCUGGGACUUCCUGGCCACCGUGUCCACCUACUGUGAGGCCGCAGCCUUCCUGGAGGAGGUGCAGAGCUGGGAGCUCGCCGAGGAGGGGCCCACCAAGGACAGAAUGCUGCGGGGACUGGUGACCACUUGUGCCAGUGCCCCGGCUGCUGGGAACGCACACCCCUUCCUCAGCCCGGCUCUGGUCACCAGGUGCCAAGCGGCCACCACUGAGGAAGAGCAAUCGGCCGUGGUGGCACUGGCCAAGGCCGAGGCCAUGGCCUUCUUGCAGGAGCAGCCCUUCAAGGAUUUCCUUGCCAGCCCCUUCUACGAAAAGUUUCUGCAGUGGAAACUCUUUGAGAUGCAGCCAGUGUCAGACAAGUACUUCACUGAGUUCCGAGUGCUGGGCAAAGGUGGUUUUGGGGAGGUGUGUGCCGUCCAGGUGAAAAACACUGGUAAGAUGUAUGCCUGUAAGAAACUGGACAAGAAGCGGCUGAAGAAGAAAAGUGGCGAGAAGAUGGCUCUCUUGGAAAAGGAGAUUUUGGAGAAGGUCAACAGCCCUUUCAUCGUCUCUCUGGCCUAUGCCUUUGAGAGCAAGUCCCACCUCUGCCUGGUCAUGAGCCUGAUGAACGGAGGAGAUCUCAAAUUCCACAUCUACAACGUGGGUGAGCACGGCCUGGACAUGAGCCGGGUGAUCUUCUACUCAGCACAGAUAGCCUGCGGAAUGUUGCACCUCCAUGACCUCCACAUCGUCUACCGGGACAUGAAGCCUGAGAAUGUGCUUCUGGAUGACCUGGGCAACUGCAGGCUCUCUGAUCUGGGGCUGGCUGUGGAUGUCCAGGAUGGCAAGCCCAUCACCCAGAGGGCUGGAACCAAUGGUUACAUGGCUCCUGAAAUCCUAAUGGAUAAGGUGAGUUAUUCCUAUCCUGUUGACUGGUUUGCAAUGGGAUGCAGUAUUUAUGAAAUGGUUGCUGGACGAACACCAUUCAAAGAUUUCAAGGAAAAACUCAGUAAGGAGGAUCUAAAGCACAGAACGCUGCAAGAGGAAGUCAAAUUCCAACAUGACAACUUCACAGAGGAAGCAAAGGAUAUUUGCAGACUCUUCUUGGCUAAGAAACCAGAGCAACGCUUAGGAAGCAGAGAAAAGUCUGAUGAUCCCAGGAAACACCCUUUCUUUAAAACCAUCAACUUUCCUCGCCUGGAAGCCGGCCUAGUUGAACCCCCAUUUGUGCCAGACCCUUCGGUAGUUUAUGCCAAAGACAUCGGUGAAAUUGAUGAUUUCUCCGAGGUUCGGGGGAUAGAAUUUGAUGACAAGGAUAAGAAGUUCUUCCAAAAAUUUGCAACAGGUGCUGUCCCCAUUGCAUGGCAGGAAGAAAUUAUAGAAACAGGACUGUUUGAGGAACUGAAUGAUCCCAAUAGGUCCGGGGAGGGUGAUUCAUCCAAAUCUGGUGUGUGUUUGUUAUUGUAA